UCCUCCUCAUAUUCUCUCAGUCAUGCCACCGAAAUUUAAAAAUAAAAGGAAGAGAACGAAAAAGCAGAGCUAAAAACGACAUGUUUCGGACAAACAACGCUGUCUUCAUCGCCGUCUUCGUCACCGUCGUAUCCCUCGCCGGAAAACCAUUGUUCGCCGCCGUAGACACCUUCACCUACGGCGGCUGCUCGCAGCCCAAGUACUUGCCGGGGUCACCGUACGAGUCAAACGCCAACUCGGUGUUGACUUCGCUCGUCAACUCAGCCGCUCUCUACAACUACAACAACUUCACCGCCGGCGAAGGUCAGGACACGGUGUACGGAAUGUACCAGUGCCGCGGCGAUCUCUCCAACGCCGCCGGCGACUGCGCCCGUUGCGUAGCCCGCGCUGUCAGCCGCCUCGGGAGCCUCUGCGUCGGCGCGUGCGGUGGCGCGUUACAGCUCGACGGCUGCUUCGUAAAGUACGACAACGCCACCUUCCUCGGUGUCGAGGACAAAACGGUGGUUCUGCGGCGGUGCGGGCCACCGGUGAGUUACGACUCGGACGAGUUGGCACGGCGCGACUCGGUGGUGGGUUACAUGGCGGCGAGUAAUGGUGGGGCGUACAGGGUGGGUGGCUCCGGGGAGGUGCGCGGUGUGGCGCAGUGCACCGGAGAUCUGAGUGCGAGCGAGUGCCAGGAUUGUGUGAUGGAUGCGAUCGGACGGCUGAAAUCGGAUUGCGGAAACGCCGCUUGGGGUGACGUGUACUUGGCGAAGUGCUACGCGCGUUACUCCUCACGUGGAAUCCACUCGCGGGCCUAUGGCUAUGGUGGGAAUGAUCACAACAAUGAUGACGAGAUAGAGAAAACACUCGCAAUCAUAGUUGGCCUAAUCGCCGGGGUUAUGCUUCUCGUAGUUUUUCUUUCUUUCAUUGCAAAAUCAUGCGAGAGAGCUAAAGGUGGGAAAUAAAUACGGCGGAUCAAGAAUUCGGAUAAUCACCAAAAGGAUACAGCUCUCUCUCUCUAGAACUUUCGUUGCGUCUGGUUUCGGGCUUUGAGAAUCAGAAAGAGAUAAAAUGGCAAUAUGGAAAGAAAAAGAAUAAUUAAAAACCCAUAUAUGUAAAGGAAAAGAAAAGCCUCAUUCUCCACUCAAAAUAUUCUUUUGACCCAUAUGCCUUUUUUUAUUUAAAACUAAAUCACACCGUUAGAUUUG